CCUGGCCACCGUAAAGAAAACAGAUCAGGUGAAUGUCCGCAGCGCGCAGAAGCCCUUCAGUGCAAUGGGAGGCGGACGGGAUACGUGUGCGUUACGAGGAUGAAUUAUUAUUAUUAUUAUUGUUGAUAUAAUCGCAUUAUUACUGGCUGUUGUAGGAAUGAAUGGAAGUGACAGCAACACAGACGGAAUGGAUGGUUUGGAGGUUGAAGAUGAACUAUGACUUUAUGACGACUACAAAAUGUUCAGGGAGAUGGAGGACGAGAUAUGCAUCGGCUGUAAGGUGUCUUUCAUCGCAUCAUGCGCUGAAGCCCCUGGUUGCCAGUCUGGUCCUGCUGGUUGUGGCGAUAUAUGCACUGGGCGACAAACUCAGAAACUUUGUGGCUUCCAUUUUUAUCCCUCAGUACCGCUACCCGUAUCCUGUGGCCCUCAGCUUUGCCCAGGUUCUGGUGUCUCUCUUAUUCUUAAAUCUCCUGCAUGCCCUGGAUCUGGUGCAUCUAAGAAGUUAUUCAAGGUCCCUGGGUGAGAGGUUGCUGCCGUCUGCUAUCUGUAGCAGCAUUCAAGCAGUGCUGACCAUGUGGGCCAAAGCCACCAGCUCAUCUUCCAACCUCUUCAUCCUCAUGGUGCCUCUCCUGCCCCUGGUAACUGUGGCCUUUAGUUUUGCCUUGAAGCUGGCAUCCCCACCAGCAAGCCACAUCACUGCUCUGACUUUCAUCAUCAGUGGGACCUCUGUGAUCAUCACAGCAUCUAAGGGUCUCUUAAGUAUUGUGCCACUGGAGUAUAUAUAUGGACCUCUGGCUUUAAUCCUGCACAGCCUGUCUCUGACUUGGCUUGCUAAAGUGUCUGAGAUGGAGCGCCACCACCCUCCAGAUUCCCAAGCGUCUGUUUUUGACAUCUACUAUACACAGCUGGUGAAUCAGAGCUGGGUGUUGGGCCUCCUGUGGUUUCUGCACCCAGAGCGUCCCUGGCAUGUGUUAAGUCAGGCCAACUGGCGCAAUCUGCUCUUCCAUGGAUACCUGCUCGCUAUUCUCCUGCUGGGAAUGGUGCUGAGCUUCCUGGUCGGUGUAGUUGCUCUUUGUGUCUCACCCUUUGCUGCUGCACUGCUCCACUCAGCGAGGUACAUAGUUCAGCCAUUUUUUCAGCUUCUGUAAAGGACUAAAAGAUUUAGUAGGUCGUCUUGCAUUCCACUGACUCUAACCAAAGUGUUAUAUAUGUAGAUACUAGCUUUAUCAGUCAAUAUCCACUCAGAUUACAAAGUUAUAAAAGAUCAAAUGCAGGCUAUGGUGGCACACUAACGAUAUACGGUUAGUAAUUACAUGUCAUCACAAGUGUAACUCGUCACAAGUUUUUAUCUUAUUCUUUUAAUAUUAGUUAUUAAAAGACAAUACAUGCCCUAGCUACUUGUCUCUUUCUGCAGCAUGAGCAACAUGAGUGCUGUUGCUCACACCUUCUAAAUCAGUAACACUAAUAGGAAAUAGUUUACAAGCUAGGUAUUUAUUAAUGAAACAGUUAAGCGUCAGGCGUCAAACAUUGCAAUUUUUCUUUCAGACAUGAAGCUGAAGUAUUAAGCAACUAUCAACAAGCCGCAUUUUUCUUAUGUACAAAUAAACAAACAAAAUAAAUGUGUCAUUUCCAAUUUUAUGACAUUAAUUUCUGAGAGCUCUUAACAGCGGAUGUGCUGAACAUUCCUCGAAGUAGUCCUCAUAUGACCCUGAUAGCUUUCAGAGGAAGAGGGAUGACAAUGACAGAAUGUUGGCACAGAUCGCUAACUUGUUUUAUGAUGUCAACUAUUUAAAUUCGCUUACUUAACUGAAUUAAUACUUAACCAGAGACAGACAAAAGUUGCCCUUGAAUGAAUCUGACUGCAGAGAUGCCAGAUGAGAAGGGGGUUUACAUGUGGAAAGAGCUGAAUGCUCACUCUGGUGCUGCUGUUCUUUUUGUUGUAACUGAGUAUUUCACGUUUUGAUUAGAAGCCAAAUGGUUUUCUAGUCAUUCUUGAGUUUUCUGGAAAAUGUUUAUAUGCAUUUUUAAAAAAUUACACUUGAAGAUGCUAAGAAAAUGUGAAUUAUGCUGACAAAUUUAAUUAAAAAUAAGAAUGAAAAAUGU